CCACAACUCUCCGCGGACAGUGAAAUCAUCCGAGAACGGAGAGCUGGGCAGCACCCAAGCUUCCGUUGCUUCAACGGACUUUAUAGCUUUUCUAUCUGAUCUCAGUUUCUCGUGAAGCAGAGUCUAAAAUACAUCUUAUCCAAAAACAUCACACGCAUUCCUUUCACACACCACAAGCGCCAACGUCCACUACAGUCGUCACCAUGUCCUCCAAGACCCCCGUCCUUACCGAUAAGGCCCCUAAGCCCCUGCCUGGUAUCUACAGCCAAGCUAUCAUUGCUAAUGACAUGGUCUUCUGCUCCGGCGCUGUUCCCAUGGACCCAGUUACCAUGAAAAUCAUUGACGGCGACAUCCAAGCUCACACGCACCAAUGCAUCAAGAAUCUGACCGCAAUACUUGAAGGGGCAGGCACCACUAUUGACAAGGUUGUCAAGGUGAACGUCUUCCUCGCCAACAUGGAUGAUUUCGCCGCCAUGAACGAGAUUUACUGCCAAUACUGGGGCGAUGUCAAGCCCUCUCGAACUUGCGUCGCGGUCAAAACUCUGCCUCUCAAUGUAGACGUCGAGAUUGAAUGUAUAGCAGUGUUGUAAAAUAAAAUAAAAUAAACAUAGCGUGCCAAGCCUGAUAAUACUGAACCAAACAC